AUGAACUGGCGCAAGGAACAGAUUCGAUCAUCUGCAAGUGGCCAUUUCGUGUUCCUCUCCAGCGAUUCAUCACCACAAGCCGGAUCCGACUUUCUGCUCACGCUCGAAGAUCGAAUUGAGCGGGAGCAUGCCGGCCUCAUUGUUGAUGCGACUGAGUCUGAGGUGGCAUCUUGGAACUUGUCAGGCUACUUGAAGACAAGCUCCCUUCCUGUCGCAGUGGUGGGGGCUGGCAAUGCCGGCGUUGCCGGAAAAUUUGAAGGUCUUUUGCAUUCGAUCAUUUGCGACCUUGGCAAUGAGGCCCAUGCCGAGCUGAUCCAGCGGUACACACGCGAUGUUGUAGGAUACUGCUCGGAUUAUGGCGCCGAGUGGCACUUUGCUCAGGUGCCGGCAAUUGAUCUGGAUGACCUUCGUGAGGCCGGCGUGUCCAACUCUGGGGGAAUGCUGAGAAAGCAAGACGUCGCGAGGCACCAGCAGCUGUUGGUUCUUGCUUGUUUUGGUCUCUACUCCAACUUCCUCCUGAAAGACAACCGCAGGGAACCGAACGACGAAAUUCUACUUCAUCCUGCACUGCAGACAGCCGAGGAAAGUCUUCGAACCAUGACCCGCCUGCUGCAUGAGAAAGAGUACCGCCAGCGGUUGGUGGCCGCUUCUUUGCAAGGUUCGACUGCAGAAGACCUUCAAGACAUGACAACGUGCAAGCUUCGAGGGCGGCGCUCGCCCGAGUUCGCCAGCGGGGCCUUCGAAGAGUUUUGCGCGGAGUUGCAGGAGAUCUCGAGCAGCAAUUUACUGGUUGUUUGCACGCCUCUGGAUGAUCAGCAGCGCAGCAUCCUGGUAAAGGACUGGCACACGGCGACGGAUGCGAUACUGUCGGAGCUGCGGCUCAAGACGGCUCAUUGGAAGGAUUGCAUUGCGCUCUACGAGACUUCAUCAGCAAGUGGACAUACCCACCCCAUCACUGCUCGGUUCUUGAACCCGGAGUUCACCGGUCCGGACCCAUCAGACAUUGCGUUGAGACCACUUCUUGACGAUUUCAUUCAAGGAGGGCAGCACCGAAAUGUGGCUCAGCAGAUGGGCCGGGCGCCAAAUUCUUCAGAGCCUUUGAUCAGCACGGAAGCUCGCCUCCAUGCAUUUCAAGACAUCUUCAACUCGCCGGAGGCAUUGAAGUCCGCAACAUCUACCUACGAGCAUUUCACUGACAAAAGGUGCCUAGCCGCUGAAAUUGCUCACUUGGUUGGCGGGCCAAACUGUGUACCCGCAAGAAAACUCAGCCACAAAGAGUUGGUGGAAUUGCUUUAUCAUCGAACCCAUCGCUUCAAGCGCGGGAAGACAGCUGCAGAAGUCAUUCCCAAGUCGGACAGCGCUGCGCAGCAGGCGAGCAAGUCCGCACUUACUGAUGGCAAGGGAGUGAACAGCCUGGGGGACAUGAUGAGCAAACACUUCCGAGACGUCAUGGACGACACCGGCUUUUACUCGUUGCCAGCAUUCCUGAUGAAACGUGUUCCGAUUCAAUCUUUGCAAGACGCACUGACGACGUCGCCAGCCAUCGGACGCGAGACAGGUGUGUUGCCUAUUUGCAGUGAAGAGCAAAAUUUGCCUGUGGCAGACCGGGAGCAACGACUGACCGAUGAGACCGGGACCUGGGGAUGUACGUAG